CCAUGAGAAAAUUGCAUAUUGAAAUCAGAUUGGAAAAUUCAACGUCAAAAAAUGAUGAAAACGACGAAAAUUUAAUUAAUAAAAUUAAGCAAAUUAUGCCUCAAUUUAUUUUUAAUCCUCAUACAUUUUUGCCAAGUGAUGAACAAAACAAUAAAAUUGGAAAAAAUAUUUUACGGAUUUUUAUUGAAUGUUUAGAUAAAUCGAGAGGAAGUAGAAUUGAUCUCACCACUGAGCUCUUAGAUGCUGCCAAUUAUUAUUUUUAUACUGCAAAUAAUUAUGGUGAAAUGGCCGAAGAAGUUGCUGAAAAGGAAAAUAAUGAGGGAGAUAGCCAAGUUGGCACAUUUCAAUGGGAAUUACCAACAAUUGAAUUUGAAGGAUUUUGGGAAAAUUUAAUUUAUGAAAUUGAUGAUUGUCCAAAAUCUAAGCUAACAAACUUUAUUUCGACUUCUUUGAAGUUUGCUCGUUUUGGCGUCGAUCCAAAAAUUCUAUCAAGAAAUCAUCUCAUACUUUUGAAUGUUUUCAACUAUAAUUUCAACUUUCUCUACAUUUUAAAAAAUAUUUUUUAUAUUUUAUGUCCUCCUGGUACCGGCAAAACAUCUCUAUGCAAAGCUGUCGCUCAAAGAAUGGCACUACAAACACAACGAAUUUUUAAUCAAACACUUUUUGUUGAAGUUAACAGUCACAGUCUUUUCUCAAAAUGGUUUAGCGAAAGUGGAAAACUUAUCCAAAAAUUAUUUUCUAAAAUUGAAGAAUUGGCAGAAAGAACAGAUCGUUUAAUUUUUGUUUUGAUUGAUGAGGUUGAAAGUCUAACAAUUGGACGGGAGACUGCUUUUUCUGGAAAUGAUCCGACAGAUUCAAUUAGAGCAGUUAAUGCAAUGCUUACACAACUGGAUAGAUUAAAACGUUUUUCAAAUGUUUUUAUUCUCUGUACUUCAAAUAUUGAAAGGGCAUUGGAUGCUGCUUUUGUUGACAGAAUUGGAUUAUCUUUAUAUUUUAAAAGCCCUACUUUGGAAAUAAUAAAUUCAAUUUUAACAAAUUGUGUUGAUGAAAUGAAGAGAGUUAAAGGACUUUUUGCUAAUGAUGGUGGACAUCCUGAGUGGUGGACUGAAAAUUUAGAAAAUGAAAUAUUUAAAAAGAUUUCAAGUAAUUGUCAAAAAGCAAAAUUAAGUGGAAGGGCUCUUCGAAAAUUGCCAACAAUUGCUUAUUCAAUAGCUGCACAAAAUUUAGAUGAAAAUGAUUAUGGAAGUGAAGGAUCGUCAAAUAUUACAUUUCCAGAAUUUAUUUAUUGUCUUUAUAUAGAAUCUGAAAGAUUAAUAAAUAAGGAAAUUGAGGAAGAAGAAAAAAACUUUAAAGAAGAAAAUAAAACUUCGCCAUUCAAUUUUGAUAAAUUACGAGAUUGCUUACAAUUAACACAACAAAAUGGUUUUUAA